GUUAUUUCUCUCAAAAAUGCAUACAAUACACCGAACAAGGAGACCUUAUCCCGUUCGUUCUCCCACAAUGGUUGUAUCGAUGCCCGAAAACGGUGAGAAGAGUUUAGACUUGGUAUUUCCGAGUUUCUUUUGGCUAAUUAUUGUUAUUUCGCAAGAUGAAUACAUCAAAGAACGACUUUUAAUUGUUUAUUGUCCCAGACACAAUGCAAUCAGAUUCCCUUCCUGAACACAGAGAAUUAAUGUAGUUAACUAAGAGAAUCUCCAAAAGCAAUUUCAAAAUUUGAAGUUCAUAUUUUUAAGUUCUGUCAAUUCACUUAAAAAAUGAGAUAUUUCUAAGGACAAAAAUCUUUGUAUCAAAGCUUUAAAUUAAAUAUUUAAACAAUUUUAUGAAAGAUAUUUCACUAAUCUAAUUAUUUGACCCCACCAAGAUAUUAUAUUAAUUUCUUUGUAGAUAAUGUUUUAAAUCUUGGGAUCCAUAUCCAGUAUCUUUCUGUUUUCUGAUUUACUUGACCUGAAUUUUUUUGUUACUCCUGAAGAUUUAAAAGCAUAGUUUAUAUGAAACUUAAUGCUUCUAAAUCAAUUAUCUCGAACUCAUAUGCUUAUUACUUAUUAGUAUCCAAAAGAAUACGAAGUCUUUUUUACUUUAGUUGAAUAAAAACCCGGAGUUUCCUUUUACGAUAUGGUUUGUGAAUUUCUGAAUAUAAAUACAAAAAGUUUGAUUAACAACCAAAAUAACCCAUUAAAUUAAUGUAAUUUGAUUCAUCCGUGAUUAAAGUCGCCUCUGUCGUCUCAGCCAUUCUCUCCCUAAUUCAACACAAAACAUCAAGAGCUUUCCAGGAUCCUAACCAAAGUUUGUAACCUAAAGAAUGGGCUGCUGCUGCUGCUGUUUCCCUAUCAUACCUGAAAAUUUAAGAGGUAUAGAUGAGCAUGUUCCUUUAUCUCGUACCUCUCCUUCCUCUGUGGUACCUACUGGAGCAGUAGAUAGAAACUUGGCCUCUAAUCUAUACACUGCGCCGCUUCAACCUCCUCUUCCUGUAUCAUUCUCGCCCAGAGAUCAAUCAAAAUUGCCGACAACUCAGAGCAAUUCCAGCCAAGAAGCUAAACACAUUCUUCCAGAGAAGCAAACAUGGCAUGUUGGUGAUCAAAGUGAUAUUAAUCUAAAGAAAAAGGAUCGAGAAACCAUAGACGAAUGUCCAAUUUGCUUAGAAGAAUAUGAAACAGAGAACCCGAGACUGCUUACGAAAUGUCGCCACGAUUUUCAUCUCGCAUGCAUUCUUGAAUGGAUGGAAAGAAGCGAGUCUUGUCCUGUUUGUAACAAGGAGUUGGUACUCCCUGAAUCAUAAUCAAGAAGAAAAAACAUAGAAACUGGAACAAGAAGUGUGAAGAAAGGGUUUGGUUGAAAGUCCACCUGAAGAAGAAGAAGAUAGCUUGGAUUAAAACGACGACGUGUGUGGAUACGUUGAAGAGAGUGUAUCAGUCAAUGAGAAAGGAGAUGAAAGUGAGAGAUGGAGAAAGCUUUCAAGAGAGAAUGGAACACUAAGGAGCUUUCAUAGAGUAAUAGUAGUAGUAAACGAAUGCAUUGCCAUUUUACAGAUAGACUUUGAUAAGGACUCUCAUUUAUUUGUUGGAUUUUUAUUAGGAAUAAAAAACAGAGGAGACAAAAGCUGAGAUCUUUUUUUAUAUAA